AUGAGAAAGAUCUGGAACCCUAAACAUGGGAUGGAUGCUAAAUGCCUUGAAAAGAAUAUGUUUUUCUUCCAGUUCCACCAUUGGAGGGAUAAGGAGUUCGCAAUGGAAGCACAACCGUGGCACUUUGACAAACACAUCCUUGCUCUAUGUGACGUUAAAGGCGACCUUAAACCAUCUGAAUACCCCCUUCACCUAGUCCCAUUCUGGGUAAGGGUGUAUGAUUUGCCUAUCAUGGGAAGGAAUAACGAAGCCAAUGCGAAAAUAAUUGGGAAUAAGUUGGGCGAGUUUAUGAAGGUGGAUCAAUCUGACAUCGUAGGGAUCAACAAAUCACUAAGGAUCAGAGUUAUGAUUGAUGUUCAGAAACCUCUGAAAGAUGAAAUAGAAAUCAAGAUGCGUGGAGCGAUAGUGGAGAAGGUGGAGGUUUGGUACAAGAAGCUUCCGAUCUUUUGUUACGUGUGUGGCAAGUUAGGGCACGGGGAAAAGGAUUGUGAAUCAAUCUCUAGCCCCACAACCCGUGACUACAAAUUCAGUGAGAAAUUAAGGGCAUCCCCGUGGAUUGUGAACAAAGGGGAUGGCAAGGAGUAUCGUAGAGAGGGGAAGACAUGUGCUCGUAACCUGUUUGUUAUCAAAAAGAAGAAUGAUCCCCCCAACACGGCAGUUGAGUUAGAAAAAAGAGUUGACCUUGUGGUGGAAAAAUUUGGUAGUGUGAAGUUAGAUGCAGAGAAAGCCCAUGAGAAGGUGAAUGAGGAGAACUGUGACAGUAGAGUGGAAGGGAUAGGGAGUGAUGCAUUGCAAGAGACAACCCGAAACAAUGUAGUUGUGCAGGCUGGGAACAUGUUGAGCUUCAAUAUAGGGAGCAACUCAAACUGUGGCAGAAAGUUCAGGAGAGUAAAGAGAGCAGCAGUGAAGGAGACCGGGCCGAAUGACACGAGGCAAGAGGGGGAAAAAGGUGGUAGUGGGGGUAAGAGGAAACACUUCAUGGAGAUAGACGAGUUCAAUGCCCAGAAAACGUCGAGAGUGGAGGACAAGGAGGAGGAUGAUUCGAUCAACCAUUCAGUAGCGGUGGCUGCAGUGCAGUCCCGCGAACAACAAUAA